GUCUAGAUGCCCCCGCCCCUGCAGUUCAGACCCAGCCCGCGGCAAUUAACUGAAAGAGGAGUCAGGGAUCAGUUUGGGGGAUUCCGAGCUAUGGUUGGGGUCGAAGCGCAGCUACACGGACUGUAGCCAGAGAACGAGCCAGGAGGCGCUCCAUCUCGAGGAUGGGCAAGGUGUCCGGCCCGGGCAGCAGGUUACUGGCUGUAUUUUGUGAUAGCUGAAAUUGUCAUAAGCAACCCCUGGAUAAGUGAUGAUGACUUUAUAAAGGCAAUGAUUCAGAAUGCAAUCAAUGGCCACAACAUGCACGGAGGACAGGAUCCAGCAUGCCUUAGAACGGUGUUUGCAUGGGCUCAGUGUCAGCCGGGGUACCACCACCUGGACAGCUGGGCUGUGUCUAAACUGUUGGAGCCUGCAAGAGUUAGUCAGUAGGGACCCAGACAACUUCCUUAUUCUCCUGGAGCAGAUCCUGCAGAAAACCACAGAGGUCCAAGAGAAAUGCAGCUAUGAUCUUCUGGCUCCCCUGGCUCUGCUUUUCUACUCUACUGUUCUUUGUACUCCACACUUCCCACCAGACUCUGACCUCCUUCUGAAAGCAGCUAGAACCUACCACAGAUUCCUGACCUGGCCCAUUCCUUACUGCAGCAUCUGUCAGGAGCUUCUCACUUUCAUUGAUUCGGAGCUCAAGGUGCCAGGCAUCAACUACCAGCGACUAGUGAGGGCAGAACAGGGACUGUCCAUCAGAAGCCACCGAAAUUCCACUGUCACUGUACUACUUUUGAACCCCCUGGAGGUACAGACUGAGUUCUUAUCUGUGGCCAAUAAGAUGAGUUUCCCGGAACCUUCUCCUCACAGUGCCUAUGUCACACUGCUGCAACAUGCUUACCAGGCCACCUUUGGGGUAUGCUGUGACCUGGCCCGCCUACAUCACAUGCUUCAGUCCAAGACUCUAACUGAACUGGAGGCCAUCUUUGAGGAGACUACAGAGGCUCAGGAAUUAGCAUCAGCCAUCAGAGACCCUAAGGAGGCUCGGCAGUGGCUGAAAGCCAAGCUGAAAGCUGUAGGAGAGAGAGCUGGCUUCCCCUACAUCUCAGAGACCGCUCAGCCCUGUAAGCUGUAUACCAUUCCCAUUCCAGUAGCCAGGUGCUAUACCUAUAGCUGGAAUCAGGACAGCUUUGACAUCCUAAAGGAGAUCCUGCUUAAGGAAAGGGAGUUGCUCCAGCCAGAGACCCUUGAGGAUGAUGAAGAGGAGGAAGACUUGGAGGCAGAUGGAUGCUUUGCUAAGCGGGACUCCCUACUCUCUACUACUUCUAUGGCAUAUAGAGAUUUGACCAGCUCAACAGCCUCACUCCAGGCCUCUGUCCCUGGCUUCUCGAGCCACCUGUUGACCUCUUUUGUCUCAGGCCUUUCAGACUACAUGGACAGUGGCUACAUGGAAGACAGUGAUGAAAGUUCCCCUGAUCGGCCACGGAAAGAAAGCCAGGAGGAACAAGGACCUCAAAGACCUAGGAGAAAGUUUAAUAGAAUCUAUAAACUCUUAAAGAGCAAGAGCCAUAUGGUGCUUCGGAGAGACUCCCAGAGCCCUGUGAAAGGGACUGGCUCAGGCACGCUCCCUCUUCGUCGGACGGGGAGUCUAUGUAGCCCUUUAAACAUGCCUUCACCACUCUCUUCCUGUUCCCAACGUUCCCAUUCCCUUCCCCAGCACAUGCUGGAGAGCCAGCUUUCAACCUGGCUCCACCCCACUGCCACACACCAUCGACAUCGGAGGCCUUUCCUUAGUGGUGAUGAGGACUCCAAGGCCUCCACACUGCGUGUUGUGGUCUUUGGCUCAGAUCGGAUCUCAGGGAAGGUUGCCCGUGCUUACAGCAAUCUCCGGAAAUUGGAAAGCAAUUGCCCACUCCUGACACGGUACUUCAAGCUUCAAUUCUUCUAUAUCCCAGUAAAACGAAACUAUCAGCCUACAUCUAGUAACUCUCCUGCUCAUCCAAACCAGUCACACCUCAUGUCCACAGAUUCCCUAAGGCAUCUGACUCCAGGGGACAUUCCCCUGGCCUCAUGGGAAGACAGCACCAAUGACAUUUCCCAUUACCUCGGAAUGCUGGAUCCUUGGUAUGAGCGCAAUGUGCUGGGAUUGAUGCACCUGCCCACUGAUGUCUUGUGCCAGCAGACUUUGAAGACUGAGGCUGGGCCACUGGAGAGUGCCCAGGAGCAGCUGCCCAUCCUGGCGGACAUGCUGCUUUAUUACUGCCGUUUUGCCACAAGACCAGUCCUACUGCAAGUCUAUCAGAUAGAGUUGACCUUCGUCAGUGGAGAGAAGACAACAGAAAUUUUUAUCCACUCCCUGGAGCUGGGUCACUCUGCAGCUGUCCGUGCUAUCAAGGCUUCUGGUCCUGGCAGUAAACGGCUGGGCAUUGAUGGAGACCGAGAAGCCAUCCCACUUACACUACAGAUUAUCUACAGCAAGGGGGCCAUUAGUGGGCGGAGCCGCUGGAACAAUAUGGAGAAAGUAUGUACUUCUGUCAACCUUAACAAAGCCUGCAGGAAGUUGGAGGAGCUAGAUUCUAACAUGGAAUCUCUGACCUUGACCCUGACUGAAGUGGUGAAGAGACAGAACUCUAAGUCCAAGAAGAGCUAUAACCAGAUCAACACAUCACAGAUUAAAGUGGACAAGGUACAAAUCAUUGGCUCCAACAGCUGCUCCUUUGCUGUUUGUCUGGAUCAGGAUGAGCGAAAAAUCCUCCAGAGUGUGGUCAGGUGUGAAGUCUCUCCCUGCUACAAAUCUGAGAACAGCAGCCUUUGCUCACAGCCCAAGAGACUUUCUUUCCUACCACCUCAAAACUCACCUGACCUCUGCUCCUUCCUGUGUUUACCCAUCAUGACCUUCAGUGGAGCUCUGCCCUAACACAGCAAACUCAAGAUCUUCAUCUGGACUUGAUACAUCACAAGGAAGCAUGGACCCCCGCCUCCCAAACUAGAGCCCUCCCAGUCCAGAGUGCCACACUGGCAAUUAUGGCUUUUCCUACAGAGAAUGCAAUUCAUUCCUGAUGAUGUUUUUGGUUUUUUCCCAGCAGGACAAAGACAGAAACCUUUAGCCCUGUAGGGAGAGAUUGUCUUCUGCUCAUAAAAGUAUGCUUUAUAUGGGAGGGGGAAGAGGAGGUAUGAAGAUGGUAAGGGUUAAGUCCAUCUUUCCUUCUAUGUAGGUGAGUGACUUUAAGCAAGUCAUUUAGCCUCUCUCUGGGCCUUAAUGCUCUCACCUAUUAAAUGGAGAAUAACUUACCCCUCCCUAAAGCUAGGCACCGGAACAUAUAAUCUGGCUCUAAAAUCUAUGAUUUUUGUCUCGGGGCCUGGCUGUUCCUAAGUUAUGUGCCUUGGAUGUUGUAUAGCCUUUGAAUGCUAGUGCUCUCUUCUUUUAUUCCAGACCCUGGGUUGAGAGGCUGAGAAGGAAUGGAGAACAAAUAGGUGGGGAACUGUGUCCUAGAAGGUUAUUCAGGCUCCACCCCACUGCCUUUUCAGCACUCUUAUUCUCUGAAGAAAUGCAUAUCGAGGUUCUAACAAGUGCCUAGCAUUAUUUUAAAGGUUGGAGAAGACAUGAGAUAUGUAAAGAGUUUACAUUAUACUUGGAGAGACAAGAUAAUACAUGACAUACUUUGUGUGCAACAGUAGAUUAAUAAUAUGGUUAAAUGUAUAGUUAAUAAUUAAGAAUAUAGUGAAGAAUUAAUGGCACCUCAGUCUAACUAUAAACAACUCACUAUAGUGGGGAGUUUAGUCUAAGGCAGCUCCAUCUUAGCCUGAUCUAUGGAGAUUUAUUAGAAAGCACCAAAAAAAGAUCUUGUUAUACUAAAGCUUCACCUGUAUCAAAGUCCUGUACCAUGGUUCCAGAGCUUUGUAUUUAGGUUCUAUUGUACUGUAUCGCUCUUAUGUACAAAGAGUCUACAUAAUGUACAUUAUGUUCCUUCCUCAUAGGUGCUUUUGGUAGAAAAGGGACUCCAAACCAGGAUGGUUAAACCUGGAGAAAAGAAGUAUUUGAAGGACUAUCAUGUGAAAGAGGGUCUGAGAGAAUAGUCUUGUUUUGUUUGACCACAGAAGGCAGAACUAGCAGCAAUAGGUAGAAGUUGUUUAGAGGCCAAUUUUAGCAUGAUCUAAGAAAAUGUUUCCUACCAGAACUCUACAUAUAAUAGGUACUUAAUAAUGUUUUUUGUAUUUCAUCGUACGUACAGUAGAAACAUGACAUACAAGUCCUACCUUUGAUAUUUCCUGACUGGGGGACCCCUAAGUAAAUCAUUUAACCCCUCAGUGCCCCCAGGUAACCUCUAGAACUUUUUUUUUUUGGUGAGGCAAUUGGGCAAUU